AUGUUCAUUGUACCCGGAAAUCAACUCCAACAUUUUUACUCCAGUAGGAUUUUCUUCUAUCAUACUCUCUCUGUAAUAACCUCUCAGACUCACUCGUCCUUCUCUAACACAAUCCACGAUCACUCAACUUCGGUCUCUCCUCCCAAAUCCCCAACAGCGCCGUUCCGUUUUAAUUUUAUUAAAUUUUUUAAUGCAUCUUUCCCCAAACAACUAUGGGUUUCUUUUUAUUCUACAAGAACAUACAGAGGACCUCUGACAAGAUCCUUGAGAAAGAGAAUCCGUAAAAGGGAAAAAGCCGCAGCAAAACCAGUUUUAAAUGAAGCCCAGUUUCAAAGGGCAAUAUCCCAGCUCCCACCUAGAUUCACCCCAGAAGAACUUCAUAACGUGAUGACGUUACAGGAUGAUCCUUUAGUGUGUUUGGAGCUUUUCAACUGGGCUUCACAUCAGCACAGGUUUCGGCACAAUCUAUUAACGUACCACAUUACCAUAAAGGUGCUUGGGGCAGCCAAGAUGUACCAAGAAAUGGAUGGUGUCGUUAACCAGGUGCUCGCUAUUCCUUAUAUUGGUUCUGAGGCUCUCUAUAAUACAAUGAUUUAUUACUUUAUAGAAGCUCGAAAAUUGAUUCGGGCAAUUAACAUAUACAAGCAUAUGCGUGAUGCUAGGAAGUUCGACUGUAGGCCAUCAAUUAGAACUUACAAUAUACUGUUUACUGCACUUCUGAGUAGAGGGAAGAAUUCUUAUAUUAAUCACGUUUAUAUGGAGACCAUUAGAUGCCUGUUUAAACAAAUGGUUGAUGAUGGAGUUGAGCCAGAUAUUUUCAGCUUGAAUUCUAUGAUUAAAGGAUACGUGAUUUCAUUUCACGUCAAUGAUGCCCUUAGAAUAUUUCAUCAGAUUGGUGUGGUCUAUAAUUGCCAGCCCAACUCAUUUUCAUACAACUAUUUGAUCCACGGGUUAUGUGCCCAAGGCCGAACGAACAAUGCCAGUGAGCUUUUUGAGAAAAUGAAGGAGAAGGGAUUCAUCCCAAGUUGUAAAUCGUACAACUCACUGGUGAACUCUUUGGCUCUUGAGGGGAAGGUGGAUGAAGCUGUGAAAUUCUUGUUGGAGAUGGGUGACAACCAAAGGUCAGCUGACUUCAUCACCUAUCGCACUGUAUUUGAUGAGAUAUGCCGACAAAAAAAGGUUGGCGAUGCCAUGAGGUUGUUGGAGGAGCUGCAGGAGAAGAACCACAUAGAUGAGCAUACACACAAAAAGCUUUUGUGUGAACUCAAAGAUGAUUUUCGGGAUUCGAAUGUCAGAGAUCAAACUCAGCUAAGCCAACACAAGUACUUGGGAUUAUGA